CGUAUCAACAUGAACGCGAUCAUCUUGAGUUUGGCUUUGGCAACGGCGUUGGUCUGCGAUGGCAGAAUUCUCUCACCCUCUCAAUUCCAGAAAGAGCUCAGAAGGAACAACGUUCCCGAAUGGAUGAUACCCACCUGGACGUGCAUCGCCGAGCACGAGUCCCAUUUCGAUACUGCUGCUUGGAACAGGCAGUCCGGCGAUCACGGAAUCUUGCAGAUAAGUGAAUUAUAUUGGUGCUAUCCCCCUGGUAAAGGAUGCGGCGUCAAUUGCAACGCAUUGCGAAACGACGAUAUAACGGACGACAUAAAGUGUGCCAUGCACGUAUACAAGGAGACCAGCAAAAUGAAGAAAAACGGCUUCUCUGCUUGGGUCACCUACAAAUAUUGCCAUUAAUUCGCUAAACAUGUGCCUUUUUUUUUCUCAAAACAACUUAUAAUAAUCAUUACAUUUUGAAUAAUUACAUUUAGAAAUCCUAUAUCAAAUAUAUCUCUAAAGUCGUAGUUUUAAUUUCAUAAAAGAUACCUACAGCAAAAUCGUUCCACAGAGACCCACGAAUGUUCUCAAAGGCAUCAGUAGCUUCGUAUAUUGAAAUUGAUCUCAUUGUUCAUCUGGAUUGCAAUGUCAGUGUUAAUAAAUGUAUUCUG